CUUCGACUGUUGAUGAUGGAGUUUCACCGCGGGGUUAUCAAGAAAAGCGGAUAAUUCUAAAACGUUGUUGAAUGUGCCAUCGCAAAAAUGACUAGCGUACGAAGAAAAAUAGGGAAAUAUACACCGAUGAGCUCUGCAGUCAGCUGCUCCCGUCUGCGGCUGCUCCAGGAUCUACUGAAGAAGGACGCAGGCAGCAACACACCUGAUGCCAUCCUCUGCUCCUUAGGCAUUGAUAGCCGGUACAAUGAGGGCUGCACUGAGCUGGCCAACUACCUGUUCUUUGGCCUGUACCGGCCUAACCAGCUGGACCUGGACCACAUCUCAGAUGACUUUGCUGAGGAGAUACUGGACGAUGUGAUGGUGCUGAUUAAAGCGGAGAGCGUCCACCUGUACUGCAACCCAGUCAACUACGGAUACCUGCUGCCCUUCAUCGCCCAGUGGAGGAACCUCCAUCUGCACUGCAUGACAGAGACAGAGUAUGAGGAUGAGGAGGCGGCGGAGGAGUUCAAGAUCUCCAGUUUUGUGUCCAUGGUGCAGGACUGCAGCCGCAUCGGCAUCCCCUACAGCUCACAGGGUCACGUCCAGAGACUUGACAUGUUUAUGCUUGAGAAGUGGCCCAUCAUUCAGGCCUUUGCCCUGGAGGGCAUUGGAGCAGGAGGAUUCUUCACCAUGAAAUACAAGCUAAUGGACGUGAGUGAGAAGGUGUGGCAGAUGUACGCCAGACUGGACCCCGUGUCUCUGGACCGCCUCAUCAGCGAGGACCUGGCUGUGUUUGAGAGGCAGUGGAGCAACUUCUUCUCCUGUCUCAACGUCGAGACACAGCUGUCCAUGCAGGAGCUCUCUGAGGCCCAGACUGGGGAGGCGUUCCGCACCUACUUUUCCCAUGGGCUGAUUUCCAGCAAUAUCUCGGACAAAAGUAAAAGCUGGCAGCCGUUUGCCCUGUUUGGGAGCCACUCGUCCAUGGAGGAGAUCCAGAACUACUGCUUCACCUUCCCCUCCGAGGGACACCAGAUACGCAACACCGGGCCCCGCAACACCAGCGCCAAACAUGUGGUUUUGCAGUGUGUGGCCCCUAAAGGGCCUCUGGCCUGUGCCAGAACAUACUUCUUUGGCAGCACGCAUGUUCCUUACCUUGGAAAUGACAACGUUCAGCAGAAAAACACUGAGCUUCUGCUGCUCUCUCAGAUCUAUGCGGCUGCUGUUCAGGCGGUGCUCUCUGGCAUCAAGUGUUUCUCCUACAACUCCAGCAUCAACAAGGCAAAGGAUGUGGCCGAACAGACAUUCCAUCGCCAUUUGGACUACUCUGGUUUAACCCAAUAUAGGAAUGCUCUGAGGUCUAAGGCCGUUUUCAGCAUUCAGGCUGUCAAUAACGAGGGAAGGGUGGUGGCCUUGAGUCAGCCUGAGAGCCGCUUCCUAAUCAAAACAGCGUCCAUGUCCGUGUAUGACAUCCCGGAUCUGCAGUGGCCAGGAACUCAGCUGGGCUCCGUUAUCUUCUCCGAGUCCUUUCUGGAGUCCAGCAUUCACAUCCAGGACAAAGAUGGCGCCAUAUCCUCAGACAGCUGCUUCACCAUCCUCACCUCCUCCGUGCCACGAUAUGUGUCCUGGCUGGUGGAGGAUGGUGAUGUGAAGCUCUCAGAGCAGGCUCAGCAGCUGGUGAAGGCUGAAGAGGGCACGUGUUUGGGAACGCUGCUGUGUGUGGGGGACUCAGCCCAGUUGUAUUCCUCCAGCCCACUCUGCACACCUGAAGAAGGUAAGGUGGUGUUUUUCUCGGAGGGCCUGCUGUUUAUCCACCCCCAGUACGGAGCCCUCACUCUCUCCAGGAGCCACAUUAAAGGACUCAAGCUCUACGACGGGGACUCCCUGUCCAAGGUGUCAGUGUUGUAUGUGGAGUAUGAGAGCUCUCUACUGCCCCACCUGCCCUUCCACCUGCACAGCAGAGACCACUGUCUGGCCAUCGCCCUGCUGCACAACACCAAGACCUACAGGGGCCUCUACGCACAGGUCCUGAAGGUGUGGCACGGGUCAGACGCCACCCUCUCACUGCAGAUGGUGGAUGCAGGCCAACUCGGACAGGAGCAAACGGACAUGUACUCCAGAUUGCAGAUAUUCAAUGAGAGUCCCAGCUCGUCUGCGCAGCACAAGCAGAUUGAGACGCUGAAGACGGUCUACCCCGAUCUCCCCGAGCUCGACAGGUUCCGGCAGCAUUUCGCGCUGUGCAGCAGCGUGUGUGACGAGCCCGUCAACAUCCACCACUUGGAGGCGCUGUUUCCCAACACACGCAUCAGCGCCAGCCUGCCCGAGACCACCCAGCACAAGGUGGUGGUCUCUGUGAUCAGCGGGUUGCCAGGCAGCCAUAAGGAGAGCUUGUGUGAUUUCCUCCUCAGCCUUAAUCAAGACUCGAGCAGGUGGGUGAUGUACCGCCCCUCUCCGGACGCGAUUGGCUUCAGCCCGUCUCACCUGCAGAAGUUCCUGAGCGGCGUGGUGGAGAAUCAGAAGCAGCCGGACCAGCGAGUCCUACUCAUGACACCAGGGUACACAGAUGUGCUGGAGGUGGUGCAGUGUGUGCUGUGUCAUCCAGACCCUGUGGUGAGGGCCAGUGUGAGGAUCGGGGCCGUGACCACCUGUGUCAACCCCCUCGUCUCCUACAUGGAGCACAGGUUCUUCUUCCCCAAACUCCUGGAGCAGUGCAGCCAAGGUGUCGUCAGUAAUGUGGUGUUCACGGGGCUGUCGGAACAGAAGCAUCCUCUCCUGCAGCACGUUCAACAGCUGGUGCGAUCAGCCAAUCCCAGCGCAGCAUUUAUCCUGGCCGACAGAGGGAAAGUCACGAGGACGGCGGACAUGAGGUUUAUUCUGUCUGAGAGCAGCUUUUCUGAAGCUCAUAUGACAAGGGCACGAUACCUGCUCUACCCAGGAUGGGUUGGGGGCAAGUUUGCGUGCGGUUCUGCCUCCUUCUCCAUCUCUCAGAUUCGUCUGCAGUUCAGCCAACCGCUAGAGAGAGCCCUGUUUCUGCAACACUGCAAAGCGUUGAAGUCUUCUCUGAAGGCCAGCCCGUUCAAGGGGAACAUCUACCACCUGCGGGGCACCGUCCGAUUCUCCGACUCGGCUAAGCUGAUGGAAGUGUGUCUGAACACUGUGACGGGGAGUCUGAGCGUGGUGGAGAGGACCCCCAGUGGCGAUGGUGCUGCCCCCACCCAGUCCUCGUCCCCGUCCCCGUCCACGCUGCUCUUCCACGGGGUGGGACUCACAGAGGACGGCCUCAAGGACUGGCUCCGGCUCUGCGCCAAGCAGAGACUGAUGAAGAAGGUGAAGAAGAGCCGCAAGACUCUCAGCCCACAGGAGCUCAGGAGCAUCCAUGUGAAUCGUCAUCUGGACCCUCUGCCCCCUGGAUACUUCUACACGGGCCACCAGUAUGUCAACUUCUUUGGGGAGAAGUCCAUCCUCCACCCCUCCAUGGAGCAGUUCAUCGAGGAGUACGUGCAGGAGGCCAACAAGGAGAUUGAGCGCUACAACCGGGAGCUGGAGCUGCAGGACCAGAGGGACCUCUUCGACCCCUAAAGCAGAGAAGAGAAAUCCCCUCCCUUCAUCUGCCCCUCUCGCUUGGUCCACCCUUUGUCGGGUUCGGUUCACUCCGGUCGCUCUCUCCCUCCCUCCCUCCCUUCAUUCGCUGCACCUCGUUGGUUCUCCCCAUCCAAGGAAAAGCCGUAUGCACUCCUCCAUGUUCUAUUCCCUUCAUUAUUUUUAUUUUUUUGUGUUAAAAGGGAAACAUUCUUCUCCCCCACUGGUAAGGUCGGGGGGAAGGUUGGGGUGGUGGUGGGGUGGUAAUGGAUGGCAAAUGGGAGAAAAAGUGGGCACCCACCCACCUACGCUUUUUAAAAUGGUGGGAAGGUUCACGUCCACAACACAGAGAAACCAGCCAGGCCUUAUCACCAUGGCAACAGGAAGACUUGAACCAAAAAAAAAAAGCACGCGGAUGAGAGAUCCUGACCGGUAAAAAAAAAAAAACGCCCAACAUCAGUCUCACGCGAGGACCUCCAUGUGUAUCUGUGUUGCGUGUGAGUGUCCAAGGUUGUUUUUUUUCUUUUUCGUCCAUGUGAUGUUGUGAGUGUGUGUGUGUCUGUCCUGGCCUGAACCGCUUACUGCAAGGUGAGGCAUUGAAUAGAGAAUGGUGUGGUGCACCCAGG